AUGGAGCGGGAUUCCAUACGAUUAGUUCGUAAAUGUCAUGAAUGUCAAAUACAAGGUGAUUUGCUACACUCUCCUCCUUCUGAGUUGCAUGCAAUGUCUGCUCCAUGGCCUUUCAUGGCAUGGGGAAUGGAUGUGAUUGGACCGAUAGAACAAAAAGCAUCGAAUGGUCAUAGGUACAUCUUCGUGGGCAUUGAUUAUUUUACAAAGUUGGUGGAAGCAGUAACUUUCAAGUCAGCGACCAAGAAGGUCGUGGUGAAUUUCAUCCAUUUCAACAUCAUCUGUCGAUUUGGUAUUCCAAAGGUUAUUAUAACUGAUAACACCACAAAUCUCAACAGCCUUUUAAUGCAAGAGUUGCCUAUUUCUUUGUUGAGUUAUCGCACUACAGAUCGUACAUCGGUGGGCGCUACCCCAUUUUCACUGGUAUACGGGACUGAGGCAGUUAUACCUGUAGAGAUUGAGAUCCCAUCUUUACGAAUCAUUGUGGAGGGUGAAAUUGAUGAUGAUGAAUGGAUCAAAACUCGGUUAGAGCAAUUAAGUUUUAUUGAUAAGAAGCGUCUGACAUCAGUAUGUCAUGGACAGUUAUUUCAGAAAAGAAUGUCACGGGCAUACAACAAAAAGGUGCGUCCCAGACAUUUUGAAGAGGGUUAA